GUGUUCAGUCGCUGGUGAUUUACAAAAGCAUACGAUUUCCUAGUGCUAAUAAAAAUUCUCCGCAAGAUGUCCUACAAAAUCGAAGCUCUACCUGGUGCAGGCACCUUGAUCGGUGAAGGUCCCCACUGGGAUGUUGAAACACAAAGUCUAUACAUGGUCGAUAUCGAUGUGGCCCGCCUGCUGCGCUAUGAUUACAAAGAAAAUAAAACCUAUACCGCCGUACUUGAGGGCGAACAAUACGCCUCCUUCAUUGUACCCGUUGAAGGCGAAAGCGGCAAAUUCGCUGUGGGUUGCGAUCGUCGUGUGGCUAUUGUCGCCUGGGAUGGCGUAUCGCCCACUGCUAAGGUGGAACGUGUUGCCUACGAAGUCCAACCGGGUGAAGAGUUUACGCUCAAUCGCUUGAACGAUGGUAAAGCUGAUCCACGUGGCCGCCUUUUCGCCGGAACUAUGUACAAUGAUCAAAAAGAUAUCUUGAAAUAUCGUAAGGGUGAAUUGUAUAACUUUGAGAAGGGCAAGCCAAUUGCGUUGAUUAAAUCCGAUGUUGGCAUUUCAAAUGGCUUGACAUGGAAUGAGAAGAAAAGUAAAUUUUAUUUCAUUGAUUCAGCCGAUUUCGAUGCCAAGGAAUACGACUACAAUUUGGACACCGGCGUAGCAAGCAACCCUAGAGUCUUCUUCAAGCACGCCACACAUUUGCCUGACGGUAUGACUAUUGAUGCUGACGGCAAUGUUUACAUCGCCACAUUUACCGGACAUACUGUCUACAAAGUCAAUCCCAGCACCUCUGAGAUUCUGUUGGAAAUCAAGUUCCCCUGCAAGCAAAUCACAUCGGCGGCGUUCGGUGGCCCCAAUUUGGAUAUUUUGUAUGUGACCAGCUCGCGACUAAACGAUCAGCCAGCACCAGCGGGUGAGACUUUCAAAGUGACUGGUUUGGGUGUGAAAGGUCUACCGAUGACAAAGACGCGUAUUUAAAUGUGU